CUUGGGAUCUGCCCCUUUCUCCCUCUCUUACUGGGAACGCUAUGGUGUGGGAGGGGGGCGCUCUGGCCUUUCGCGUCUGUGAUGCGGAGGCCCCGGGACAGGGCGUCAUGGCAGCGGGCUGCGCCGCCUGUCCUUCAGCUUUUGCAGUUUUGGGGUGAAAACUGAACUGUCUGCUGUCCACACGACUGAUGGAAGAGCACAGUUCUGUAGUCCAGGUUCCACACGCUCCAAGAGCCAUCUGCCUUUAUUUAUGCUGAUACUUUGUACCACUCAGACGGAGCUGUAGUCACAACUCAAGAUGCCACUCUUCUUCCGUAAGAAGAAACCCAGUGAAGAUGCUCGGAAGCGCCUUGAAUACCAAAUGUGCCUGGAGCUGCGGACCAGUGCUGACAUGGGGGAUCUUCUGUGUUCUACCCUAGAGGCAGCUGCAUUUUAGGAAUGCUAAUAUUAUUGCUGUUGGACAUCAAUGAGGCAAAAGAGGCUGGUGCCGAUGACGUUCUUGACAUAUCCAAAUGUGAACUGUUAGAGGUUCCAUAUGGGGCCUUUGCAACUUGUAAAGUCUUGCAGAAAAAGGUGCUGAUUAUUCAUACAAAUAAUCUUACAUCUUUAGUUCCCAAGUCCUGUAACCUCCUGAGUCUCAUAACUGUGAAGGUUCUAGAUCUGCACGACAACCAGCUGGCAUCACUUCCUACUGAUAUUGGUCAGCUGACAUCUCUUCAGGUCCUAAAUCUUGAAAGGAAUCUCUUAAAAUGUCUUCCACAAUCUAUAGGGGAUCUUGCCCAGCUCCAGGUCCUCAAUGUGAAAGGCAAUAAGCUGAGGGAGCUGCCUGCCACAGUGAGUGGUCUGAGGAGCCUGCGCACUCUGAAUGUCAGUGAGAACCUCCUGCAGGAGCUGCCGAGGGUGCUGGCUCACAUCCGCACGCUGGAGACACUGACCCUGGAUGCUUCUUCCAUGACCUACCCGUCACCUGAUAUUUGCAGUGCAGGUACAGAAUCCAUUCAGCAGUUCCUCUGCAAAGAGUGUGGAAUUGCAUACUAUCCACCUUCAGAGUACAUGCUCCCUGCGCUGGAGAGUGAUGGAGAAACGUCAGUGGAUGGGGUGGACAGGACAGUGCACAAAUACUUGGAGGAGGAGAGCAAGUGGCAGAACAAAUUCUCAGACUACGAGAAGAGGAAGGAAAAAAAAAUGCAGGAGAAGCUUGAAUUUGAGCGGCGCUUGAACAUGGGGCAAAGAGAACAUGCACUGCUUGUGCAGCAGAUCAACAAUCAGAAGGACGAGAUACUGCAGACAGUAAGAGAGGAUCAGAUGAGGUUGGAGGAGGGCCUGACAAAGCACCAGCGGCAUUUGGAGGAGGAGCGCCUGAAACUGCUGCAGCAGCUGAAGCAAGCAGAGCAAGGCAUUGCCAGCCGUAUCCAGAAGCUGAUAGAGGACAAUCAGAGGCAAAAACAAAGUUCAGACAUUCUGAAAUCCUUGGAGAAUGAGAGAAUAAGGAUGGAACAGCUGAUGGCAAUCACACAGGAGGAGACAGAGCAUCUGCGCAGGAGGGAAGUGGCCUCUGCCAUGCAACAAAUGCUGGCUGAGAGCUACAAGAACAAGCUCAUCCACAUGACCUAUGAAUCUCGGCGGCAAGACCUUGUCAGCCAGGCCUGCUCCAGCCUGGCUGAGAUGGAUCAGAAGUUCCAGCAAAUCCUGGCUUGGCAACAGAUGGAUCAGAACAAAGCUGUUAGUCAGAUCUUGCAGCAGAGUGAGAUGCAGAAAGCUGCCUUUGAAGCUCUCCAAGUGAAGAAGGAUCUUAUGCACAGACAGAUCAGGAACCAGAUUAAAUUAAUAGAAACAGAGUUAUUGCAGCUGACACAGCUGGAGUUAAAGAGGCAAGAACUGGACACAGAGACGCUGCAGGGGGUGAUCAUGGAGCAACGCCAAGCACUUGGUUACCUGCUGCAGCAGCUACUCAAAGAAAAGAAGCAAAGGGAAGAAGAAUUGCAACAAAUACUGUUGGAAAUGGAAGCAAAGAGUGAAACCAAACAGGAGAACUACUGGCUGAUCCAGUACCAGCGCCUGCUGAACCAGAAGCCGCUCUCCCUGAAACUCCAGGAGGAGGGCUUGGAGAAGCAGCUGGUGAACCUUUUAAUCGAGCUGUCAGCUGAACAGUAUGUGCCUGUCUUUGCACACCAUCGAAUUUCCUUGGAAGUGCUCAGCACCAUGACUGCCCGUGACCUGGAAAAGAUGGGCAUUGCAGAGACUGGCCUGCAGCGUGCCAUCCUCAGACGGGCGCAGGAGAUCCUGGCUGUGGCAAAGACAAUCCCAGAGCUGCUGAGGACGGUGGACGCCGAGGUCCCUGCAGCCACACAACCCAGUGCCCCUGAGGAGGAGGCCCCGAGUUCUGUGGUCCCCACUGCUCCCCUGCUGCAGUGGGAUGAGAAGAAGUCAGAGUGCGUUGUCUGCAUGGAGCAGGAGGCCCAGAUGAUUUUCCUGCCUUGUGGCCAUGUGUGCUGCUGCCAGACCUGCUGCAAACGGCUACAGAGCUGUCCCCUGUGCCGCGGGGACAUCACACAGCACGUCCGCAUCUUCUACAGCAGCUAGGCAGGCUGGAGGCAGGCAUGGCUGCCCAGCACUGCCCUCAUCACUCCGUCCCAGGGCAGGGCUCCUCCAUCAGUAUUAAAUACGCUCUCACAGCAUGACCAGCGCUGCCCUCUCCCUGCACACAGCUCUGGCUGGCUGCAGGCUGCACCCAGGGCUCUCAGCAGCCCUCCACCUUCCUGGUGGCUUUCCAGCCUUUGGCUUGGGUUCUUCAUCUGCAUCCACCAUCCAGCUUGUUUGCCCAGCCUGGGAGCACUGGGUGAUGGCGUUGGGUAUACUGGUGCUCCUCCUCUCUGGCUAUAUAUUUGCCAUUGGAAUUGCCUGUUGCUCAGCAGGGACGCAGCUAGAGCCAUUGCUUCUGAAGCCACUGGACCCUGCAGCUGCUCUAUCAUGGCCAUGGCAUUUGCCAUUCUUCUGCUGUGGUGAAUUCUCCUCCAGGAGAGGCAUCCUGCCUUGUUAACGCUCUGGGAGGCUGAGAGUGCCUUGCUCGUGUGUUGUUGCCAUAGGCUAGACUUGUGCUCUUGCAAUCAGUGGCAGCAUGGCUGGGGGCUGCAGCAGGAGGCAGGGCAGAGCGAGGUGCUUCCCAUCCCUCACUGUCAGUCCCACUGAAGAGCAGCAUCUGCAGCAGCCUCACAACCAGUACUCGAGGGACAGCUCUGACUAGAAGACAUUCCUCGUUGAGACGUGCUGUAUGGGGGAAAUGUUCCUGCCACAGAGUUCCAGCUCUUCCUUGUGUACGUGUGUUGGCAUCUGCGUUGUUCCCCAUUGUCAUUAAUAAGUAACGAUCCCGGUGGGGCUUUUAGUCUCUUGACCUCAAGUAUAAAACACAGAGAUAAGUCUGGUCCUGCUGCAGCCCUUUCCCCCAGGAGAAACUAUUAAAUACAGCUGGUUUCGGCUGGUUGUUCGAUCCCUUUUUAUUGCCCCUUGUCUCGCAGUCGCAGUAGCGCCUCCUCCUGGCCCAGAUAAAGACACGGAAAAAUUUGAGGGUUUGGAUGCAGCAGUGAUGACUUCCAGACAGCUGGGACCUCAGGAACCUCUGCUGCCGUCAUGUUCUGUUUACUGUGCCCUGGCGGAGCAUCCAUGCGGCACCGCAGCCCGGAACUGGGGGCUGGCACGGGGCCGGGCGCUGCAGGAAAGCAGCGGUGUGAGAGCCCUGAGGGCUCACUGCGUCUGGGGCAGCCCCAAGGCUGCGCCUCUGUUUGCACGGAGCUGCGACCGCAGGGAACGGGCAGGUCCCUUCCGGAGCCUUUGGGACGCAGCGCAGAGGGGUUCAGCCUCGCAUCCUCCUCGCCUGGCGUGGCGUGGAGGUGCUCGGCAUCUCGUGGGGAUGGGGAGCAGUGGGGUGCCGGCUGGUGGGGCGGCAAGAAGGCCGACAGCUCGCCGCGCUGCUCUCGUGUUGCCAGGGCCCCGCAGGGAGGAGUGCAUCACAGCUGCUCUCAUUGAGCUGCCAGCGGCUGCCGGCUGACUCCGGUGCUCCCAAGGUGGUGGUAAUGAGUGACGAGCCCUCGGGCAAGGUCCGCUGCCUGCCCAUAACGCACUGUGCCAGGAAAGCCCGGGGCAGGAGGAGCGGGCAGGGCCGGGCUGCCUCUCAUCCCCAGGACCAGCCCUGCUCGGCUGCACAGGGGACGCAGCGGCAGCCGGGCAGCAGCUGGCGCUGCGACCGACCCAGGUUAAGGGUGAUGUGAUGCUGAGCGCUGACGGCUGGGCACGCAGGGCUCGGUGAGCUCGUUGUAAAACAAAAUAACAAGACCAACGCGUUGUGCUUAGGGAAUACUUCGAAUAUCGGGGCUCUGUAAAGGAAAAGAAGGAAAAAGCAUUUUGUUUCAUGGACCGUGGGCAGAUAACUUAUCACGUGGUCACGCCCUGGGGUUGGUCAUCCAUCCAUUACGCACCUCUGGUGGGAAGGAAGGCUGGCUCUGUCUCCUGCUUUCGGGGCCACUGGGGCACCCGGAGCUCCACGGCAGCCCCGGCCAGCGGAGGAGGAGCCGGGCCGGCGCCGCCGGGCACCCCGGGGCCGGGCUGAAGUUCAGCCUCCACCUUCCAGGGCACGGCCACCAGCCGCCUCCAGCCUUCAAAAGCGCGAGAGCGGCGUGGCGCUGCCCGGGAGCGGCAUGGCGGCGGGGCCGGAGACCGGCGGGGAGUGCGGGAUCUGCUGUGAGGCGUACCGGGGCGGCCGGGCGCCCCAACAGCUGCCCUGCAGCCACUCCCUCUGCCAGAACUGCCUGCGCAAGCUGGUGUAAUGCGCCGCCACCGUUGCCUUCAUCAGCUGCCCCUUCUGCAGGAUGGUGACGCUGGUGCCCGAGAUGGCCCCAGCUCACAGCCGGGGAGGAGGAGGAAGACGAUGAAGGCAGCGGUGCCCGUCGGGCCUCGAGGCAGUCCAUGGCCAUGGAGGCGGCCUGAGCAGCCCACGCUCCCAUCUUUACGGGUCAGAAGUUAACAGGGAGAAAGACUGCGAGCCUUCGCGAGGAAGAUGAGGAUUCUUCAGCCCACGGCCGCCAGGAGACCCUCACCACUCACUGCACACAUGCAAGGGGGGCCACGUGCUGAUGGGUUCGGAAAGGAAUGAAUGUGAUCUGAAUUCCUGGGAACUGCUCAUCACGUAUUACUUCUGCCUCUACCUGGAGCACGCUUUUUCCUGACGCUGUGCGACUUAGGAGCAGCUCUCCCCCUUGCACCCAGCAUUGCAGCCCUGAUUAAACGUACCUGCUUUUGUAAUA